UUACACACGAUCAAGCACGCCUUGUAGCAGUAGAUUAAGAUAGUCUGCGCCGCGAUAAUGGGUGCGAGGUGGCUCUCGCUUUGCUUCUUUGCGGGAAACAUGCUGCUGCUGCUGCUGCUGCUGCUUCCUCUCCCAACGAAUGCUGCUCCAUAUCUUGUGCGUCGGCAUUAAACAGCUUGGAUUUAAUCGACCGGCAGCGUACAGAUACACCAGACAGCAGCAGCAGCAGAAGGAUUUAAAGAAAAUCCAAACAACCGAGCCAAGCGCUUUAGCAAGAGCAAAAGAGAACGCACAGAGCGAAAGCACCGAAAAGCGACAUUAGAUGCGAACGGGCUACACACACAUAGAUACACACACGCACCAAGGGAUAUGGCGAGCACAAUGAAUGUGUAAUCUGAUAUCAUUGAUAAUUUAUAUUCCGCACCGACACGCCACCAGCACGGCAGCAGCUUCGGGAGUUACAUUAGUCUAAAAGCGGUUGUCCAAAAAGUAGGAAGAGGCCGAAAAAACACACACACGACACAAGGAAAUAUACGACGAAACGGAGAGCUCCAGCAACUCCAGCAAAACUGCACCGAGUGAUGUUGGUCAGGGAAAUCCUCGUCCGUGUUUGCGUUUGUUUCACGGCCUUCUUCUGGCUCGAACGCUGUCAACUGAACGCGAUCAGCAUAUGAAUCAACGCCUCGAGCUUAGAACGGUAUGGAUGUGUAGCAGCUCGUGUGUGUGUGUUUUUAUUCAGCGAUUUCUUAUUUCAAGCUUUUCUUGAGUUUAAACAAAAACGCAGAAACUUUGCAAGCUUCCAAAGCUUAAUGAUUCCUACAAGAAGUGACAUUUAUCUUCUUUCCCUGGUGGCCUACUCCAUAGAUCUUGCGAAACAACUUAAGACAGCACAAACACGUCAGCUAAUUAUAUGCUAGCUGACCGAUUAACGAGCCCAAAACUCUAUCACCCAGUUUGUGGUCUGAGCCGCUUCCACGGCAACUGGAUCGCAACUCAGAGGAGACUUAUUGCCACCGUCUCAUAGCUACUUUCGGUCCGCUACUGCCACCGACUACCCCCACCAUAGCAGAAGCUUUCCCGAAUCCAGCCGGGAGUUUGAUUUCAAUCUCAAGCUGUUCGCGUACUGGGAAGUAACGCGACCCCCAAAAACACUCCGUCGCCCGUGCGGUGGACGAAUGGACGUGUACCACACGCACUGCUGCCUCGGCCGGCACGCCACAACCCCACCCCCCCGGCCGCGCACGCAAACCGCGCGAGGCAGAUGAACUUUAAAUUUGUCCGCCUAUUGAUUGAUUGACGGCGGAGCAAAUCUGGAGCAACAACUCCAAUAGACCUCCGGAGUUUUGCCGUGCCGCUUGGACCAUCAUCAACGCGGUGAGUCGCGACGUUGUGUGCGACGGCUGAUUCUGUUACGCACCAGCUCUCCCGGUUCGUUCGCGUUACCGGUUCGCUCUGUGUGUUUGGUCGCACCGGUACAUGCCGGUGGGCCGUAUGCCUGGUGUCCUUCCAGACCGGUGGUGUCCAGUGUCAGCGACGUUUUGCGAUUGUGUCGAUUAUGAUGUUACACAUCCCGCUACCCUUCAGCACACCCUCCACAGUUUAAUCUGUCAAUUUUCAUUUCUCUUCGUGACAGGUUUUUUUUCCCCACCUUCAGUUUCCCCUUUUGUCCAGCGCUGCUAAGACACUACCGACAUCUGAGACAUUGGAGAUUUUCGGGCUUGACUUGCUGACAAUGUUGUGCCGUCGCAUGCGUUUGACUGAGCGCCAUCUUCAACCGCCCAGAGAACCGCUGGAAGGACCGAUCGUACGGCCCUGUACAGCACGGAAACUGAUGAACCUAGACACUGCCACAAGCAAUAGCAACCACAGCACCAACACCACCGCAACGACGACCAACGACGCUAGCAGUACACCGCACCCAACCAUCACCAUUCCAACGGGAGACGAUGCCGGGACAACCUGCGAGGGACAACCGUUUUCACCACGUGGGAGGAAACUCCCCGAAGGGCCCAAAACACCUCUGGUGAUCGUGAAUCUGAACAUCCCGCCCGGCACGGAGACACUGGCACCGAAAAGCGCAUCCCGCUCCGAGCGGCACAAGCUGCCGCACUUCUGCAUGCAGUAUCGCAAUCUCGGCCGGCUCUGCUCAGCCCCACCGGGAUGUGCGGGUGCUGGCGUGCCCACCGUCGUCGGUACGGCGGGCCCGGCAAGCGGCCUGAUUCCUCAGAUAUUCAUCCAAAGCUUCGAGCUGCAGGAUCGUCGCGCCGCGGACGGGCCGGCCGGCGCAGCGGACCACGAUCAGCAGCAGGGAAGCCAGCGGUACAACAUCAUCACCGAGAAUGAUGAGGAUACGUUCGCGACGCUACUGUUGGACAACAUUUCCAACAUUUCGCUCGAGAUGAUACAGCGCCACCAGCAGAAGCUGCUCGGCACGACCGCAUCCUCGAUCACGGAGAGUCCGCUAGUGACGGGGGUGACCGGCAGUGCGACCUGCUUCCAGCACGUCGAAGGAUGCAGCAGCAUGGAGCGGACGGAAAGCAAAACGUCCACCGAGGGUCUGCUGCCGCUGGACGGUAGGAUGGAUUCGCAUGACGAGCGAGACCGCCAGGCUAGCAGGGGACAGUCCGCCUCGGGCCCUACGAACGAUCGGCUGGCAGUGACACCGGAAGCGGUAGACGAUCAGAACCCGGACAUUCCGGCUGGCUACCGUUCGCUCUGCUACCGUACGCCCAGCCCCAAGACGCGCCAGAUCAUUCGCGUGGACAUCGUUACCAGCAGGGAAAAGUAUUGAACCAGACGGGUGGCACUCGUCCCAGACACUGUUGGAUGCGAAUUUGAUUGGUGAUUGCUUUAAUCGGUUCAAAAGUAAGAAUAAUAAAUAAACCUCGUUUAGACAGUA